GUGGCCUGCCGCCGCCUCCUCGACCGCGACGUCGGCUCCAAGUCGGACCCGCUGUGCGUCCUGCUGCAGGACGAGGGAGGCUGCCGCUGGGCUGAGUUAGAUCGCACUGAGAGGAUAAAGAACUGCCAAGACCCAGAGUUCUCCAAGAAACUGCUCGUUGACUACUACUUUGAGAAGGUGCAGAAGCUGAAGUUCGGCGCGUACGACAUCGACAACAAGUCUGCUGAGCUGACUGACGAUGACUUCCUCGGGGGCAUGGAGUGCACGCUGGGACAGAGCAGUCCUUGUCCCUGUUGAACGUAGCUUGAAGAACCGUGAUGUUGAGCACAAAGCAAAGAUUAAAAAUGCGUAUGGCUUGUGAGUCCUGGAACUGUAGGGGUGGAAAGGAACUUCUGGAAAUCAUCCAGCCCGUGGGUGUCCAGCCUUUGGGCUUUCCUGGGCUGCACUGAGUGCAGAGGAAUUGUCUUGAGCUGUUAAGUUGUUAAUGUAUGUAAAUAAGCUUAUUUUUUUAUAUUUAUAUUCAAACCUAAAGAGGGCAAUAAAACCAGUGGGUUGGUUUAAUCCCACUCCCUUGCUAACCAGGUUCCCUACAGCAGGUCGCACAGGAAACCAUCCACGUGGGUUUGGAUAUCUCCAGAGCAGGAGACUCCAGCAUCUCUCUGUGCAGCCUGUGCCAGGGCUCAGGCACCCUCACUGUAGAGAAGUUCUUCCUCAUGUUCAGCUGGAACUUCCCGUGUCCCAGUUUGUGUCCUGUCUCUGGGCACCACUGAGCGGAGCCUGGCCCCAUCUGUUUGCCUCCCACCUUAUAAAUAUUGAUAAGCAUUGA